AUGGCUCGGCCAUCUAAAAGACUGGCCUUGUUUCUUUGCUUAAUUGUUCUUCAUCAAGACUUCAUCCAGGCUCGUAUCAGCUACAAUAAGCAAAUUGACAUUUCAGCAUCUUCAAGAUUCAGGCCCCGUCGCUCUUCCUURGACAUACUUGAGGAAGAUCGCCAUGAGUUAGAUCAAUCGAUACAAGAAAUAGAGGCCCGACAUGGUAUUUCUCUCAGAUCUCAUCUUGGAAAACCACUCCACAGAGACAGGCGCUUUUUCUUUACUUUUCUGUUUAUUGUAAGCAUUGUUGUAACUGUUGCCGCUACAGCGGUUGAGACAAUUUAUGACAUCGCUGGCUGCUGUGGCCUUGGCUUUAGCUAUCUAUGUGGAUUCGAGUCGGACUUCAAUGACAGGAAGGCUAGAUUAAGCGGUGAAGCUGAAAAGGUUGACAAAAGACUUGAGGACGCUCUGAAAAAACGAGACGACUUGGAGUGCCUUUCUGAAGUCGUAAAGGCCACGUGGACUAGUAUCAACGAAUUGGUCAAGCUUCAGGAAGAACUUCUAGGAAAUGUUGAUACUAAUUUCAAAAAUGAAAUGCUACGAAGUGAAAGAAAAGCAAGGCAAACAAUCGAAGAAUCUAAAGAAGAGCUCAGUGAGAACGAUGUUUCAGCCAUGUUUGUGAAGAUACCGCGAGAAGAGCUAGCUUUGAAAUUGUCUCUUGGGUGGGCAGCGGCCGCUGUUCCAGGAAUCGGUUUAGCAGGAAACAAGGCUUAUAAAUCCUACAAAAUAAACAAGGCUUACAAGGUACUCAAAGCAACCAAAUAUGAACAAGUUCUGAAAAGUGCGCCCAAAGCUAGAAAGCUGAUUGGCUUCACCGAGAGCUCCGCGAAGUUGUUCCUCAAGAAUACAGCCGUCCUUAAGUUCAGCCAAAAAGCCGGAUCGUUUUUGAAAGCAAUGAAAGUGUUUAAAGUGGCAGGAGCAGUCAUGUCAGUCAUCAGUAUUGCUCUAGAUUUGUUCAACAUUAUCAGUACUUUUAUCGCCUGCGCUGAAAAGAGGGACAAUGCCAAAAAAUCAUGUGGYAAGCUUCAAGAAGCUGAAACUAAAGUUACAAACACAAGAAAUAAUGUGAUUGAAUUCGAAAACAUUCUCAGAGAUGGGAUGGAGGCUAAACUGAUGGAAGAGUUGAGAACCUACAAUUUUCAGAGUGCCUUAAUCCACAUCAAAGAAACAAUAGAAGGACUUCCACCCCCUCCAAGUGACAGAGAAAGAGACUUUGAUACGGCUUAUUGCGUAAGAACAAUCCCAGAAUUCCUCGAGAAAGUAAACGCAACUGGUGUGCCAAUAGCAGAUAUCAAAGAUAGAAUGCUAGAUAUUGUUGAUAACUGUAUAGACAAGCUGAAGUUCUCCUAUGAGUGCUUGAAAACAAGACUUCUAAUGAAUUCUCAGAUCGUCUCAAGCUGUAGGAGUGGAACAUAUACAUUUGAUGAGAUUUACCAGCAACAAACCGAUAUGCCAGCAAACAAAUUGGUCCUGGACAAGUGCAUUAGCAAGGGUGAGCCAUACACAACUAAAGAAAUGUUCAAAGAAUCACUGGAGACUGCAAGCAACCAAGCAGGCAUGGAAUUCUAUACUGAGAAUUGCAAGAUGAACAGCCAAACGAAUAUUGGAGAUAUUUGUGAAGGAARCAGYGUUUCAGGACUAACACAAUCACAAAUACAGACAGUGACAACCGAGCAGUGCAAAGGCGGAAAAGCACCAAAAAUCAGCGCAGAUAAUCGAAAGGAAAUUUGUAUGUCUCUGAUGUUUGGCACUCCUGUCGACGAAAUCAUCGAAGAAAAGAAGGAUACAAUUUCAGGCCUCACAGCUGAUGAUAUCAAUGGUCUUAAUUGUAAUACAAAGUAGCCAUAAGGAAAAGAUUGUAUCAUGCGCAAUGAUCUAGACUCGGAUUAUGAUAAUGAGAGAAUUUCUGAAGCCUAAUGAUAUUUAAGUAGCUAGGGGUUAUCAUUCAAAUGAAACUGCAUGCAUUACAUGAUAUAUGUAAAAUGUCCAAAUAAAGAAAGAAGGUGCACCACA